AUGAUGAAGGUUCUUCGCCGGGUAGCACGCAUGCUCAUGGCGACAACGACGCGACUACACCUGCGAGGAAGUAAAAAUCACCAUAUUGGCCCAGCUGGUUACACAAGAGUAAAUUCCACGGGCCCGUCAGAUUCCUUCAUAUACAUUCUACGAGUCUCCCAAAUAGACGGAAUCGGCGGUACCAAAGACGUCAAAAAAGGAGCCUUCUUGGUGAGUUCUGAUACCCACUCAGGCUCCAUGAUAACAACUUCUCUGCUAGGCUCCCACAAAUGCCGAUGA